ACAAACGUACGAACGUUCUGUGGUCAAAUUGUACGUUCCGUUCGUUGUCUUCAUUGUUGUUUAACAUCUUUGACAUUUAAGACUGAGCUAAUUAGUGACAUACGCUUCCAAAGCAAAAUGUCAUUACCAGUUUCCUUGAUGUUAUACCCCAUGGCGUUGUUUAUUGGAGAAAACCUUGUGUCGUGGUGACCGAGUUCUUCCGGCUGGGCCUGCAUGGUCUGGCAGGUGCCCUAGUGUAGAUCAGCUGUUGCGGUAAAACGAACAAACAAUGAUUAACUCCGAGCCAGAACCGAGUAGAGUCGAAACGGGCAAGACCUUAGACACGAUGAAGAAGCGCUUUCGUGUUAUUUAUUUGGGUUCGUCCUCCAUGGACAGACGAUACACCCAGUGUAUUCAACCUUGGGUGAUGGCAGAAAUAAGGCGGAAAAAGGAGGGGUUCAGAGACGUUACCUUGGACGUGCUAUCCAACUCACUCCGAGCAACAGCCUGGGAUGCUGAUGGUUUGGCUGAAAUUCUGUUUGAACAUAAACUUCAAGAGCUGACACGAUUUGCAAAACUCCAUCAAGACCCGAGGUGUUUUGCAUAUCUUUCUCGUCAGCAACUAAAUAAUGAUGAUUUUGAAUGUCAUGUUUUUUUGACAGCUCAUGACGAUAUGGUGCCUGAGAUUUUCAACACUAUCCGUGAGACGACCAAAGAUCUGAACAAAGACGGUCACUGUGGCGAACAGGUGGUCAACCAUUCAAGCAUGGGUGAAGGAAACUUCGACCAGUCGAAGGCCUUCUUUGAGGUCAAAUACAUGGGCCGGAUUCGAGUGACCACUCGCAAAGUCCCGACCUCGUUCAUUGACGACCUUGUCGAUCGUUUUGAUGCUCGGGAGGAGGAGAGACAGCUGUUGGCACAGCAGAUGGAGAUCCGACAGAGACACGCUAGUGGAACCAGUGUCCGGAGCCUCCCGGCCUCGCUGGACGACGCCGUCACAGUAACCGAGAACAACCUGGAGUGUCAGCAACAGAGGCUUCACAUUGACUACGGCAGCACCGAGAGCAGCACCGACGAGCUGGUGAAUCUGGCCAGCUCCUCGGAAAACCUCAUGGAAAGUUCGGGAACUUUCUCUAGUCACGAGAACUCCAGGGAGAGAGACACAAAUGGAAGUUCUUCCGAGUUUAUCGGCUACUGUCCUACCAGAUUGUCGACCAGUGGCAAUGGGAAGGACUGUAAGGUGGAUUUCAACAUGGAGAGUGGAGACAGUCAGGAGAAUCUGACAUCUGAUGAUGGGGACCAGGACCGGGAGGUAUUCUGCGACACGGUGCUCAAGGUGAAGCCGGAAACGAACCGCAUCAUGCUGUUCCAGAUAGGAAGGCAGGACAUCUCUCUGAUCAGCUUGGACCAGAAACAGAUCAUCAUGGAGCGCAAGUUCAAGGACAUUUCGUUCGUGUCUCAGGGAAGUUCCAAGCAAGAUGUGUUUGGUGUGAUCAGCCGAGAACCUAGUCGUGAUGUUGACCACAAGUCCGAUGGAAAUAUCUUUGUCUGCUACAUCUUCCGAUGUCAUUCCGAGUCGGUGGUUUCGGAUAUAAUGUCCAAUCUGCAGACUGCAUUCACCAUGGCAUUUAAACAGAGUCAGGCCACCAAGUGGGUGACGGGAAAACCACAGUCGCAGAACCAGAUUUGUAUCAUGUGUCCACUUCACCAGCUCGAAAAACUCUGUCGCGAAAUAAAUGGUAUGAGCCCACAUGCAGCAUACGACUUCCUGUUGAAACGAAUCCAGCACUUGUCUGAUCAGGACACUUCUGAAAUUGCUAAACGACUUAAGAAUGAAAACCCUCAGAGCUAUGAUGAAACAGUGGAAGUUUUAAUGAUCUCUCUUCGAAGAUUGUGUGAACGCAAGCAGAAGGAACAUGUGCACAUUUCUGAAGGUGGAAAAAAUGUUAAAUCAGAGUUUAACAUCAUGGAUAAUGACAGGAAUUUGAUGUUCAAAUUUGACAACUUGAGAAACAGAGCCAAGAAGAGCUUGACCAAUUCCUUUGAAAGUCUACUCAGGGGCAGAAAAAAAGAUGAUUUCAUGGACGGUUUUCGACACAGAAGCGGAACCAACGAAAGUGAGGGCAGCUGGUCCAGAUCAAUGGAUUCUCAGAUGUCGACCCCAGACGCUUCACCUGUGUCGUCCCCAGUAGUCAAGGAGUUUCACCACCAGUUUCCUAGUCCUCCACACUCCCCCGAGGGACACCGCAAACGCAGUUCCACCGUCGGUGCUAUCCCCGAUCCUGCAAUCACGGCUAGUCGGAGAAACAUUGGACAGCGGCGUCAGACAGAAGCCAAGCUGUCUGUUGAAAACUAUAACAACAACCACCUCCGGAGUCCAUUGAAAAACAUGUUUCUUCUGGCCGGCUGCCCCAGUCCGAGCACGCCUGACGAGUCAUGCACGUCUCCUAUGGAAGACCUGUCGUUACUGGCCACACCCCGGAGAAUAAGUUCUUGGCGGCAGGCGAUAUUUAACAAGGUUGUGACACCGGUACAGUUCUCAGACUCAGACCCACUGACUCAAGAUGAUUUAGGAACCGACAGAACUGAAAAAAAGGAAAAGCUGACUCCAUUUCAACUGAGGUGUCUUUGGAAGAAAGCAAUUUUAGAAACACUGCUGCUUAUUAGAAUGGAACGUGAAAAUCACAAUCUGCAAGCUGGUGAUUCCACUCAAGCCCGCCAGGAUGCGAUUGAGCAGCAGCGUAAGAAGACAGACUACCAGGAAAUAACUCCAUGCUUGAAGGAGGUCACAAAGAUCUGGGACGAACUGUUGGCAGCUCCCCAGCGUGGUCAGACCAAGAUUUCCAGUGCAACCAUUGUGGAAUGUGUGAAGAAGGGUGUUCCGCGGUGUUACCGUGGUGAGAUCUGGAAGUUGCUGGUGGAGCAGCACAGACUGUGUAACGUGGAAGGUGGUGCGGACACGAUCCCCGAAACUCCGUACUGCGACCUGCUCCGACAGCUCACCACUCACCAGCACUCAAUACUCAUUGACCUCGGUCGCACGUUUCCUGGUCAUCCGUACUUCUCGGCUCAGCUUGGUAAUGGCCAGCUGGAGUUGUUCAAUCUGCUGAAGGCGUACAGCCUGCUGGACGAGGAGGUCGGGUACUGCCAGGGGCUCAGCUUCGUUGUUGGGGUCCUCCUCAUGCAUAUGUCUGAAGAUGAUGCCUUUGAGACGAUGAAGUACUUGAUGUUUAGAUUUGGUCUCCAGAAACAGUAUCGACCUAACAUGAUGGCUCUUCAGGUAAAGCUAUACCAGCUGACACGUUUGAUUCAUGAUCAUCACCGAGAAUUGUAUGAUCACUUUGAACGACAUGAAAUAGCGCCCACACUGUAUGCCGCACCAUGGUUUCUCACUCUGUUCGCCUCCCAGUUUCCUCUCGGCUUUGUUGCCCGCUGCUUUGAUAUGAUCUUUAUUCAAGGCAUUGAUGCUGUAUUCAAAAUUUCUCUAAUGUUGCUUAGCAACCAUCGAGAGCUCAUACUGCACUGUGACUCAUUUGAGUCGAUAGUUGAGUUUUUGAAAACUACCUUGCCGGACAUGGUUCAUGUUCAGAUGGAAAGGAUUGUCAAUCAGGCAUUUGAGAUGGACAUUAGUAAAGAGCUGCAUGCGUACGAGGUGGAAUACCAUGUGCUGCGUGAGGAGAUGCUCUACUCUCCGCGGCAGCAGCAGGGGGACACGGCGGCCGCCAUCAGCAAGCUGGAGGGCGUGAACCGGGCCCUGCGGCAGCAGAACAUGGACCUCCUCGAGAAACUGCAGCAGACGAACAACCACCUGCACAGCCUGGAGCUGAACGUGCACACACACCAGUCAAAUGAGACCAAGCUCAAGUCUCACAUCCGCACACUGGAGCUGGAGCGUGCUGCCUUGCUCAACGCCGUCGCCAAGCUGAGACAGACUGUGCCGCAGGACCGGCUGGAGAAGCUGGAGCUGAUGCUGCCCGCAUUCACGCCCUCGCUGCCCGCCAGCCCCGUCCUCAAUCUGACCAACAACAGACUGCAGAACAACAACGUGAAGAACUUGGCCAACGAACACAUCGAGACAACACAACAGUCGAGUAGUCACAAAGAUGGACAUACGAACUCUGACAAAACUAAUUACAGUUAGUGGUCAGGGAAUGUCAAGUAUUAAUGAUGGACAUAAAUUAAUGAUUGACAAGAGUUAUGAACACAUUAUCAAGACGACACAGUCAAGUAGAUGGACAUACAAACUCUGACAAAACUAAUUACAGUUAGUGGUCAGGGAAUGUCAAGUAUUAAUGAUGGACAUGAAUUUGUACAUACACUACUCAGAGCUAAUGAUCACAGUUGCCAAGCAUUCACAAAAAUGGACAUUCCAAUGCAGCUAGUGAUCGGGAUUGCCAGGGAUUCAAUUAAACAAACGUGAGCUUGGCCAAAACAACUUGUAGCUAAUGAUCAGGAUUGUCAGUUUUUCACAACUAGGCCAAAAAUACUUGUAGCUAAUUAUUAAAAUUACUAACUAUUGUAAAUGACAGUGGACAUACACAUUUUACGAAAACUUCUUGUAGUUAAUGAUUGGAAGUGUCCAUUAUUUACAAAGAUGGACAUGUGAACUCUGCCAAAACUACCAGCAGCCAAUGAUCUGAGUUCGGUUUUGAAAGCUGGUGGUCUAAGAAAUUGUUUCUAAGAUAAAGCAGGUGUAUACUAAUUAAAGGAAUGUGUCUACGAGAUAUUAUUUUGUGUAACUCCUGAAGAAGUGAUUGUUGGAACAUGAUAUUUGUUGAACAUUGUUAUAUUGUUUUAUAUAGACCUAAUUGAGGGCUGUCUCUUUGUUGGACAGACCGUUGUUUUUACUGCAGUUAUAAGGAAAAUACUGUUCCAGGGCAUUAUUGUCGUCUUGUCACAUAUCUUGGUCCGUAUCUCCAACUGACACAACGAGCCAUGCUGUUCUCAUCAUUCCAUGCUGUACUUGGAUUUACUACCAUGUUUUAUUUCUGUUAGUGAAUACGGAUUGUUUGUUCCAUGUUUUAGUGGGAACUGCAUAAUUCCUAUUUCAUUUCAUUUCAACUUACGUUCGUGCUUAUAUCCAAUUAAGGUUCAAGCACGCUGUCCUGGGCACACACCUCAGUUAUCUGGGCUGUCUGUCCAGGACAGUGGGUUAGUUGUUAAUUGUUAGUGGUUAGUGAGAGAGAAGAGUGCGUAGCGGUUUUACACCUACCCAUUGAGUCGUUAAAACUCUCUCUGGGUGGGAGCUGGUACCGAGCAUAAUUCCUAUUAUUGUGAAUGAUGAAAGAAGCUGUUAUAUCUACACAUUGAUUGUACAGUGAUGUAUAUUCACUGAAUAGUGAUAUACUACUACUAGUAUAUAUGUGACGCCGAGUUUGAUUGUUACUUGUACAGUUAAGGGUUUUUUUGUUGGAUGGGUGUUUUUUUCCAUGCUGAGCAUGAACAAGAAAUUAUAAACUGAAGUUGAAGUAUUAUUUCAAGAGAAGUAUUUAAUUUUAACAAAGAAACGUUGGAAGGGAUGGGGACCAAACAUUAUUUGAUCAUUAUAUCUCGCCAAUGAAAAGUUGUCUGUAGGAUAUUUUUCAUUUUCUGGGUUGCCCCUUCACUGCCUGGGACUAGUAGAAACACGUAUUGCUACCAUGACUGCAUGAGUACAUUCAAAAUAUUCUUUUAAAAUAAAUAUUUAUUUUUAACUGAUAACCGAGUAAUAAAUGUAAAGAUAUAUCUUUAGACUAUUAACAAAAUGAUACAUCAAACAGUUUAUAAAUAAAUAAAUAAUUUGAAUUGUAAGAUGUACCAAUAGAAAUUAACAUUGGGCUCAUUAGAUUCAUCGUACACCACAGUGUUGAUGUUACAAAAGAAGUGCAUUUGUAGACAGAAUUUUCAGUUUAUUUCUUGAACAUAAAUAAUGGCAAGUGGUCAAAAAUGUAAGACAUUAAUAGAACAUGAAGAUUUAAUAUUCAAUGUCUUCCUGAUCAUGGUAGCAAGAUGCUUUGCUGUGUCAUUCCCAGCUAGUGACCAUGGCUUGUUGAUCAGAUAUUGAAAUUUUCCUCCGAUUUGUCUUUGGCCAUGUUAGUUUUGCUUGAUUCUUAAUGGGGUAUCGAAUUUAGGGAAUUCUUGUUACAAUGCAUUAACUUCAGGUUGUACAUAACUGUGAUCUGGUAUACAUGUAGAUUAUUUCACUUAAGUAGCCUACUGCUGAAAAUGUGUGCAUUGGAGCAAACAUGAACAUUGAAAAUGAAUAUUGUUAUUUUUAUUUAAAUGUAAAAUUUUGAAAAAAUCUAUUGUGCAGUGUUGGGUUUGCCUACUCAAUGGAAAUAUAUUGCCUGAAUCACCUCAUAAACGUGACAUCGAAAAGGUUCUGUGCAGCUGGGAAUUAUUUGCGAUUUGAUCCAUUGUUAAUUAUUAACUGGACCAUUUUGUUUUGUGUUAAAUGUAUCUAUGCUAAAUUUUAUUCAAUUAUAUGGAAAUAAUUCUAGUGUUUGUAGACUUGUGGUUUAACUGUUGAAAAUUUAGUACUGUUGGCGACCCAUUCAGUGUUUAAGUCAUGACUUACCUGUAAUUUGACUUUAAACAUUAAAUUUAAUUUACAGUUGGUAAAAUGCUUGUUUUACCAUCUCAAAUUAUAGCAGAGAUCCAUUGGGAUUCAUUCUUACAAAUGUGCUGAAUUAGAAUACUCAUAAAAUGUUAACUAGCUAAUACAUACAUUUAGUAUCUAGUUUUACUGUUUACUGGUAGCAACCUUGAAUGUGAAAGAUCAAGUACAGAAGGUGUUUUGUGUGUGCAGCAAACAUUGUCUUGACUUGACAGUGAAGUUGGAUGAAUAAUUGAUGAAUAAAUACUGUAUUUACUCAAUUGAAACGACAGGAAUAUGUAAGACAUUUAUGUUGGAUCACGACUAAAGCAUUUAUAACAACAAAGUACCGUCUGGUAUUUUUUAAAAUUGCUCAUUGUGACUAUAGUUUAUCCCACAGGAAAUGACUUUUUUCAUACUAUGAAAUUUACUACACGUUAUUUAUUUCUGAGACAAUUGAUUUGUAAACUGCACACAAAAAUAGGUGGGUUUUUUUGUUAUUUCAAAAGCACUUUUACUUUUCUUCUUACGUCAGACCAAACUGAAAUUAUUUACAAUUUAUUUAUUUUUUAUUUAUAAAAUGAUGGCACAGAAUAUAGAUUUGUAGGUUUUCUUAAACCUGGCAAUCAAACCCCUUAGUGCUCAAGAUCCUGUGUCAUAGUUGUUUAACAUCUAACAUUAAUUCCCUUUUUUCCCAGUCGUUACACUAUUUGCUUUGAAUUUUACUUUUUAACAGCUCUUGUUCUUGUUUCAGGUUUUUUAGGUUUGUUUGAGGUUGUGGGAUUUUUGUAAUUUUAUAUAUGGUACUAAUUGUACUAAAAUUACAAGACUCACUCCAUUUUUUUUUCUUUUUCUCAGACUCGUGUGUCAGAAAAUAUCUACAAUUUUUUUUAUCCCAGAAACUAUUAUUCCUUUUCUAAUUCAUGUUUACAGACAGUUGGCCUCUUAAAGACUAUUACGUUCUGAUAUUAAACCUGUAUAAUAGUUUUUUAUUUGCUUUCACAAAGCUGGAAGGCAAGAUUUGGGUGUUAAUUGUCGGGCAUUUUGCAUAGCUUCUCACAUAUUGUAAAUUACACCUGUGGAUGUUGAUCUCGGUAUAUCAUUGCAUUUCUUAUUAAUAUAUAUAUAUAUAUAAAUAAUACUAUAACAGAACUAGGUUAAUCAUGAAUUUAACAUUGAAAAAAAAACAAAAACAUUUAAACAAAACCAGUUUUGUGAGUGGGUCCCAUCAAUUAAAUUUACUUAAUGUCUUGUUAAGGAAAUUGUAUUUUCAUAAUGGCACCCAGUUACAGAUAGGAUCUUGGAAAGAAUGGGAAGUUAUAUUUUGCUUUUUUCAUUGUAUUGUAUUGUUUAUUAUUCUUACAUGUUAUGUACACGUGUGUUAUGAGAUUGUUUUCGAUUGGAAUCUCAAUUCAUGUAGCAUAUGACGUAUUUAAUGACAUUAUUAUAAAGAAGACACAUUGUUUUGUCAUGAAAUUGUCUCAUUGCUUCAUCCAGCAUUAUAUAUUUGUUCUAUAGCUAAAGUAAAAAUAAAAAUAUGUUUUACUACCCGA